GAAAGGUGCCUGGACCCAGUCUCUCAUGUUUCAUGCAGUGCCACUUCAUCGGAUGUCAGCCCAAAUGCUGCCACUUCUGUCUGCUGUGCUGUUCAGAAACGAAGACAUUUGGUUCUAUGGCCAGCGGCAUGAGACACACCCCUAUUACAACCUUACAGUGAAACUACUCAGAGCCAGAAACAUCCGUGGCAUAGAUUUGUUGUCCAAAGCAAACUGCUAUGUGGCAUUGAAGCUUCCAGCUGCAUCUCCAUUCACUUCUCGAACGCAGGUUGUUUAUAACUCCAGCCAUCCAGAAUGGAACGAAACCUUUGAAUACAGAAUCCACAGUGCUGUAAAGAAUAUCUUGGAGUUCACAUUCUAUGACAAAGAUGUGGUGAUGGACAGUCAUGCUAAAUCGAUUGCUUUUGAUGUAGGGAAUAUUAAACCAGGCCAGGCGUUGAGUCACACAUUUGUGCUAAAUCCCCAGAAGAAAGAAGAGUUGGAUGUGGAAUUUUAUUUGGAAGAAAGCACGGAUACUCCAACUGAGGUCAUCACCAAUGGAGUUCUAGUGGCUCAUCCCUGCCUGUGUGUUAAAGGCACCCUCAAUAAAAGCAAGAAGACCCAAUGGAUAAUACAGGAGAACUGUCAGGUCCACUUGUCAGUGCCUGGUGCCUUUGAGAAUCAGUCCUCCACUUUUUGCAGUGCUGAUUCAGAAAACAGAAGGAAGAUACCAUUUCUCUUCCAUGUAGAUAGAGAAAUCCACCCUCAGCUGGACUUGGAACUGCUGCAAACUACAGCUGUCAUAGAGGAGGGGUGGACUGAGGACUUAAAAAUGCACACUGCACGCUUAGGAAUGGGAUCAGUUCCUGUGGGAACCCUCCCACUGGGACAAGAAGCAGAAUUUAGUGUUCUACUAGGAAAGGAACAAGGUGUGGAUCUGACUAUUAAGGUUGAAGAAUGCUUGCAGGAACUUGAUGUGCGCCUCAGUUUUGACCUUGCUAAAGGAGAACGAGAUUUUUUGGACAGAAGGAAGGAAAGAGCUUCUUUUACACUAAGGAGGCUUCUAGGUUUGCCAAAGAAACCUAGGAAAAAUGAGGUCCCGGUGGUGGCAGUAGUGGGGUCAGGAGGUGGGAUGAGAGCCAUGACUGCACUCUACGGCAAUCUGUUGGGUCUCCAGAAGCUUAACCUCUUGGAUAUCCUAAUCUAUCUGUGUGGGAUCUCAGGGUCCACUUGGUGUUUGUCUAAACUCUACGCAGAUCCUUACUGGUCCCACAAGGACCUCCAGGAGGCAAUUGGAAUUGCUCGACAACUUGUGACCAGCAGCAAAGUGGGAGCGUUUUCUGCUGAGCGCCUGGCAUAUUACUUCCAUCAGCUAUUCUUGCUGGAGAAAGAAGGGUGGAAGGUCACCCUUACGGACUUGUGGGGUCUCAUCAUUGAAUACUUCUUACACCAGAAGGAGGAUCCAUCAAAGCUAUCUGACCAGCAGGCAGCAGUCAGGUGGGGACAAAACCCCUUCCCUGUCUAUGCAGCAGUCAAUGUAAGGCCCCAUGUUGGAAGCAACAAAUUUACAGAAUGGUGUGAAUUCACACCACAUGAGUUUGGUAUCCUCAAAUAUGGAGCCUUUAUCCAUACAGAAGACUUUGGCAGUGAAUUCUUCAUGGGGCUGCUUCUUAAGAAACGUGCAGAGCCCAGAAUUUCCUUUCUGCAGGGAAUAUGGUCCAGUGCCUUUGCUGCAAAUUUAGAUGAGAUCUGGGAAGAGGUGGUUGUUUCAAAAGUUGGGUUCUUAGAAACUCUGAGAGAUGCCAUCAAAGUUGCAGAUGAGGCUCAUGGCUACAAGCCAGUGGACACCUCAGAGUUAGAGACUCGGAUGGUCAUGCCAGGUGGAGCCUUCUCAAACUUAUUUCAGGGUUUCUUUAGCUCUCGUGUUUCCACUGGAGAAAAUGUCAAUUUUAUGCAUGGACUUCACCUUCAUAAGGACUAUCUCAAUGCCAAGCAAUUCGUGGCUUGGAAAGGCUUGGAUGCUUUCCCCAACAAACUCACUCCCCAGGAAAACAGACUGUACCUGAUAGAUGGGGUUUUUUCUAUAAACUCUCCCUUUCCCUUGAUGCUUCAGCGGGAGAGAGAUGUUGAUGUCAUUCUGUCAUUCAACUACUCUUGGGAAGCUCCAUUUGAGGUCCUACAUCAGGCCCAGAAGUAUUGUGAAGAUCGGGAAAUCCCCUUUCCACACAUCGCUGUCAGUGAGAAAGAUAGGCAGAAGCCAAAGGAGUGUUAUAUGUUUAUGGACGCUGAAAAUCCAAAGGCUCCCAUAGUACUCCACUUCCCACUGGUGAAUAACACCUUCCAGCAAUACAAGGCACCAGGAGUAGAGCGUGAGACAGCGAAUGAGAAAUCCUUUGGCAACUUCCUCGUUGAAGGAGCAGACUCUCCUUACCGUUCAAUGAACUUCACCUAUAAACCUAAUGAAUUUGAUAGGCUGUUAGAAUUGAGCUGCUACAAUGUUUUAAACAACAAGGACACAAUCUUAAAAGCUCUUGCUUUGGGCAUGAAAAGAAGGGCACUCAAGAAGGCCAGAAGACAGUAAGAUGGUAUUCUGUGUUGGAUAGUUGUUACAAGGUAUUGAAUAUAAAUGAAGGCUUUAAACAGGAACACUUACUGGGUAAGGUAUCUGCAAGUGACCAACCCACUGGACGACUUCCUUAAAGUUUAUAGCUUUUCAAAUACCUUAUACACAUGCAGAUUGUGGAAACCAGACAUUUCUGGGUGAAAUGUAUGAAUUAAGCUUUAAUAAUAAUAACA